CAAGUCUUCGUCCAAAAUCUUUCAUAUGAAAAUGAGUUUGAUUUGCAUGAAAAUGAACCUGUAGGCAGAACGUAUUUCCAUAUGAACGGUUUCGCGCAAAGACUCGUUUUUGAUACCGAGGCAAAAAGCGACUCGGAAGUGGCCUAUUCCUUUAAAAAUGUUUUCUUUUCUUGAUUUGCUUUUAGGUGUUUCAAGCGAACUUUGAUCGCUAUACAAUCGUAGAGCAUGAACUGGCGCCUCCAAUCCGAGCCAAGUUCAUUCGUUUUCAUCCCAAGGCUUUCCGAAGCUAUGUUGCUAUGCGAGUGGAGAUCUAUGGCUGUUACUAUGGGGGAGGUGAGUGAGGAACUUCUCAUUCCCUUCGACUUACAGUUUUAAAGAGGUUUCUCCUCGUUUUCUCGAUAGAAAUAAUCAAAAAUUAAUGUAGGUGGAAGAACCUGGAGGGGUAAAAUGAAAACUGGGAUUUGCCUAUGUUUUUUUCACUGGGGAAAUGUGAAUUGGGUCCCUGGGACUAGGAAUUGCAAGCCAUAAAGGUGGGAAUGGGGCUGGGACUUGGGCCAAAAUAGGCUGGAAAUGGGAUCUGGGCAAACCUGAAUUGGGCUGGAACAUUGAAUCUGUAACCCGCUUCAGGAUUUCUAGGUAGUAAUAACUUUAAAAACAAAGUUAAACCUAACAGAAACAGGCAAGAGCUAAGGUAAUGUACUGAUGACGUCCUGGAAAACCCUAUUUGCACACGGUUUCUAGAUCCCACUAAGUUUUUCUUUCAAAAAUUCGUUGAAAGCACAGUUUUUUUAUGCUAUGUAGAUGUUGUUGGACUAGCAUGAGGUCCGUAUUCAGGAUUUAUAGACCGAGUCGAUGUCGGCUAGGUCCAUAAACUCGCAAAACGGGAACAAGGCAAAAUAUUCGCCAGUGGAACUGGACAAGCAAGUACGUCCCAUAAACCUGGUUGGAUGUUACUGUUUAAAACUCUUUGUUGUUUUGUUUCACCAAACAGCACGUUUCUGUACGAACCCCGUUGGGAUGCAAAAUGGACGAAUCAAAAACCGAGCCAUUACUGCUUCGUCGUACCACAACCAUUUCCACGCUCCAUGGCUCGCCAGGCUUCACCGCCGAAAACAUGGCCGCUUCGUCGGAUCGUGGGCAGCCAAACACAAUAACCACCAUCAGUUUCUACAAGUCGACCUUGGGCGGACGAUGAAGGUCACUGGGAUUAAUACCCAAGGAAGGUACGAUGUUAGCCAAUGGGUGACCGCCUAUUAUGUUCUCUACAGCUCGGAUGGCAUGUACUUUGCUAAAGUGAAACACUGGUGGAACGUUGUGAAGCAAUUCCAAGGCAACUUUGACAGGUAUUCAGUCCGCACGCACGCCUUCAGGCCAGCUCUGUAUGCUCGAUACGUUCGCAUUCAACCAAGAGGCUGGAGGUCGCAUAUUUCCAUGAGGGUCGAGUUGUAUGGAUGUCCUUGGAAUCACUGUGACAUGCCGCUUGGUCUCGAAGACGGCCGUGUUCCAGACCCCGUCAUGACCGCCUCCUCUUACAACAACAUUUACGACGCGCCGUGGAACGCUCGACUUAACAGAAGGCGCUACAGCCGUUUCGGAGGAGGUUGGUCUCCAAGAAGGAACGACAGAAUCCGGUUUCUGCAGAUAGACUUCCAAGCGAUGACUAAGGCGACACGUGUCGCCACGCAGGGAAUGCACAAUGCUAAUUACUGGGUAACGAAAUAUUACAUCAAGUAUGGAAAAAAUAAAGGCAGAAUGGUUCCUUACCGUGAGGGAAGAUCAACAAAGGUACGGUUAUCAUUGGCACUAUUAAGAGUCAGUUUUCAACCAGUAAUAGUCUUGCUUUGACUGACACUACUGACUAGGAUGUGCAAGAUCAAUAGGCCAUUUUCGAGUUACCUUGUGCCUCUGUUUCAAAACGAAUCUUCAUGCAAAACCUUUCUUAAGAAAAUAAGUUUGAUUUGCAUGAUGUGAACCUGUAUGCGGAACUCACUUUUAUAUGAAUGGUUUCGAACGGGGACUCGUUUUAAACAGAGGCAAAAGGCAACUCGGAAAUGGCUCAUUGCUAUCAGUUCUCAUAUCUUAACUCGAGGAAAGGCGAACGAGGCGAGUGCGAUGUGCGACGAAGUGGGCUUUGGCGUAACUGGUGAAAGAACCAAUGUCCUUCGCCCUUUUCGCACGAGGUUAAUGAUCUUUGAAAAAAAGAGCUAUUAGUACGUUUGCCUUAUUUAAUUCAAAUUAUC